CAGCCAAUGAGUGCAAGAUGUUGAGUGACAGCUGUCCAAUAGGGACGCUCAGUGCUAGUACGGUUUGCGCCUUAAGCACCGCCGGGGCCUGAGGAAUGUCAACUAUUCAACAUGGAGGAGGAGGUCGAUAAGCUGGAAUUGAUGUUCCAGAAAGCUGAUUCUGAUCUGGAUUACAUUCAAUACAGGCUGGAAUAUGAAAUCAAGACUAAUCAUCCUGAUUCAGCAGGCGAGAAAAAUCCAGUUACACUCUUACAGGAAUUGUCAGCAAUAAAGUCCCGAUAUCAAACUUUGCAGGCACGCUUUAAGCCAAUUGCUGAUGAGCAGAAAGAGAUUAAGAGCUGCAUUUGUGCUACUUUCAAUAAGACUAUGACCAUGAUACAAGAACUACAAAAGCAAACAGACCUGGAGAGUACUGAUUUUCUUGAGAUGUGUGCUGUCCCUCACAGCCUCAUGCCUGAGCUGUCACCAAUGACUGAAGAAGAGAAAACUGCAGUACAGCAAUUAAAAUCUCACAUGUCAGAUUUAUGAAGAAAUGGACUUGCAAAAGGGAACUCUGGUGGAGAAGAGAUCAAUUCCAGAGAGAUUUAGGAAGAUGUCUUGUUAGCAUAUGGUAACUAGAGGUGGGGUAUGGUGAAAGAAAAUUUGGCCUGGGUGACUGGAUAGUGAUGCCUUUCACAAGAGGGAAAUAUAAGGACAGAUAUGAGUAAAUUUCAGUCAAAAGGAUGGAAUGGGAAAAGGAUUUAAAUAUAUGCACACUUAGUUUUGCAAUUUCAGGCAAGAAAGUCUUAACACUAUUUUGCAUCUGUUUUUGUAUAAUCAGGAUAACAAAGAUGUCCUAUCAUAAAAGAAUGAUUAUGUACUAUCAGUCAAAUGUGAAUGAAUGUGCAUUGGAAAUUAAAGAUGGAAAAAUAUUUGUAUUAUAUAUUAUAUAUGUAUAAAUUUUCUAUUUUUGAAAAUUUUAAUUGAAGAUGUGGUCACAUUAUUAGUGAGAUUGCUAAGUGACCUAUAGUGUCCCAUAAAACCUAACCUUUGUAAUAAGCUGGUUUCUCUGUGACAGCCUCUUUUAUUUUUGUCCUAUUCCUUUUGCUUGCUAAUGUUGAGCAACAUGAAGGUUCUGCUUUCAAAUGCUA